UCGGCAUGUGAAACCCCGCGCCGGCGUCGCCCCUGCACCCACCGCCACCUCCGCGCCGGUGGUCUCUAAGGAAGACAUGAGCGAUGAGUCUGCGCGUGAAUACUAUGACAUCGUCAGCAAGACUUUUGCUAGUGAGGAUGAUGCCUUUGAGUUCUAUAACAGCUAUGCUCUUGAGAAAGGUUUUAGUGUGCGGAAAAGCUAUGUUGAGUGGGAUGAAGCCAACCAGGAGAUAAUUCUGAGGAAACUUGUGUGUAGUCGCCAAGGUUCGCGGGAAGAGAAGCACAUGAAGAGAGAAGAUAGGAAGAGGAGGCCACGGCAUCUCACUCGUGUUGGGUGUCGAGCCAAAUUGGUCAUUGCAGAACUCAAGGAAACAGGUCGGUGGUUUGUGAAGGAUUUCAUCGAUGAACACACCCAUCCUCUGGCCCCACCGGAUCUUGCUUGUCUGCUGCGUUCUCACAGAAGAAUCAGCGACGAGCAGAAAGCGGACAUUGUAGAGAUGGACAUAUCUGGGAUCCGCAAACACAAAAUCAUGGAUAUCUUGAUGAUGCAGUACGGUGGAUAUGAUGAAGUUGGAUGCACCGCAAGGGACAUAUAUAAUUUCUGCAAUCAAUAUAAGCAAGAAACAGUUGCUGCCGGUGAUGCCAAAACGGUGAUUAGUCACAUGAUGGCGCGACAGGAGAGAGAUCCAGAUUUUUUCUUCAAGUACUUGGUUGACCGAGAGGGUCAUUUGAAGGGAUUGUUCGGGCUGAUAGUGGACGAUGAGUGCAAAGGCCACAUGUCCCGGGACAAGAAAGAGCCGCAUGUACGAUUAUUCGGCAAGCUCGAGGAGGUAUCGUGA